CCUGUUUUUAAUUGUGGCAGAGGGGCUAAGUGCUCUUUUACCUAAAUACGAGUCGAUGGGACGGCUUCACGGGGUCUCUAUUGCCCGGGGGGACCCUAUGAUUUCGCAUUUGUUCUUUGCAGAUGAUAGUCUACUCUUCUUCAGAGCCAAUCACGAUGAAGCCACAUUAAUUAAGGAGGUCCUGGCUGACUACGAGAAGGCGUCGGGUCAGGUUUGCAGUGGAUGUCUUCCUUUGCGACAAAAUUUGCAGUAGCGGAGAGUGGAUUGCUCGGGACAAUGCGGACUUUGCAACGCAGGUGUGGAAUCAGCAGAGCACAUGUUCAAAAGCUGCGUCGUGGCCCAGGACGUUUGGAAUUAUCUCGGCUGGCAUUGGUUAUCUGGGGAUGCAUCCCCUUUGACCGAACAAAUCUGCAGCGAGUUUAGGCGGAAAAAACAAGAGCACUUGGAGGUUUUGUUAUGGGGCUGCUGGGCACUUUGGAACGAGCGUAAUCUUCGUGUGUGGGAGGGGAAAUCUUCGUCGCUGCAGCAGUUUACCACUCGAGCGAGGGCGUUUGUCGAGGGAUGGAAACAGGUGAACGAGCGGGCGAUUGAGGGCAGAAGUAAACAGGACGGCAGGAGUGGCAUUGCUGUGUGGAGCAGUCCUAAGGAGGGCGUGUGGAAGCUCAAUGUUGAUGCGGCAGUAAGGAAGAACAUCUGUGGUUUCGGGUGGUGCGUCCGGGAUCAUGGAGGUGGCUUUUUAGCAGGUGCAGCAAGUAAGUGGCCGGGGAGUUUGACGCCUUUGAUGGCUAAGCUCGCUAGUAUUCGUGAAGCUUUGGGAUGGCUCAAGGAGGUCGGGGGUACCUCGGUUGUGCUUGAAUCGGACUCGAUGGGAGCAAUUUCAGAGAUUUUGGAUGGCUCGAGUAGUUCAGCGGCGGGUUUAUUAAGAGACGACAUAAAUAAUUUGGCGAAGUCUUUCACACACAUUCCUUUCAGUCAUAUUAGGCGUUCAACGAAUAAGCCUGCUCAUUUGUUAGCUAGGGCAGCUUGUUCUUUAUCUGAUUCGCAAUUCUGGCAUUAUUCUCAUCCUUCAUUCAUUG